GAUUGUCUCCCUGACAGUCAUGUGUCGUACAGAGAGUUGAUUACACCGCUCUGGUAGUCAUGUGUCCGUACCUGCGACAGUUGACAGUAGCGGCAGCAGUGUUGGUGUUGUCUGUGUACAGUGUCAAGCUCGCAGUCACACCAAAGGAUGUGGAUACUGUGACGUUCCUGCUGACGGUGCAUGCGCCAUGGAACGCCUGUUUUGCCUCUGUGGAGACGCCAGCAAUCCUCCCUAACAAAGACUGGCACACUGGCAAACACGUGGACAUCAACGGUUGUGAUUCUGGGCCACUCACUUUCGUCAUCCGCAACAACUCCAGCCCUUAUUAUUACCCAUGCACUUGCAGCAGCAUGGUGGUUGAUGUGACAUUCUACUCCGCUGAUGUUCACGCCAUGCCCCCCACGUGCAGUAUCUGCUGGAACGGCACCUACCUCACCCCCCACACCAUGUGGGCCAACGAGUCCCUGUUGCCCGGAUGUGAGACGUCAGACUCUGUAGAGGGCUACCACAUGACUUACUACUGGUUCCAUAUACUGUCCUGGAGAACUAAAUAAAACCAUAAAAUCAU